AUGAAUCGCAACCCAGGAUCCAAAUCCAAAUCAAAACCCUCAAAACCCAAGACAAAUUUCCCUAGCAACCUAAAACCAACCACCACCACCACCGGUAACACCAUACAGCCUCCAUCAAACCCUCCCGUCCUCCAAGUCCAGCAGCCCCAAGCAGAAAGUGUACCGACCUCAGAGCCAAGAUGCCCCUCAUCCCUCCUCCCCACCUUAACCCCGGCCCUCGACAUCCUCUCCCGCUUCCACCGCCGCAACAAGAACCAGCACCGCCUGUCGAAAUGGUGGGCCGAAGCCGACAUGCUGCGGCGGCACCUGCGCAAGCUGAUCGAGGCGGCGAACGAGUGGUGUGAUAAGGAGCCGGAGAGGGAGGCAAGGAGGAGGAAGGAUGAGCUCAGGAGGAAGAACAAGGAAAAGAGUGAAAGGCUUGGGAAAAUAGGGAAAGAGGAGGAGGAGGAGGAAGAGGAAAAGGUUAAAGAGGACGAGAAAGAGGAAGAUAAGGAGGCGAGAGAGGUGAGGUUGAGGGCGGAGUAUUUGAGGGGGAAAUUGGGGCCUAGAGCUUAUUUCGCUUUCAGCCAACUCUCCGCCGACAGACAAUUCGCCCACCUGGGCCUCAUGCUCCUAGGCGUUCUAAGCCAGGUAGACAAGGCACUUUCAACAUUCGCUCCCGUUCCAAUCGACGACGACGCUGCGGUCAACGAAGGUGCAACAGAAGCUGUCAAAACUACGGCCAUAGGCAAGUCAAGCGAUGACGCGCAUAACCAACGGCACAAUGACAUCGGGGUAGCGGUCUCGAGGGAAGAGUUACUCGCUAUGAUGUCUUCAUCCGGCACCGGAACUCCGGAUUCCAGGCCUGUGGAAGACACCCUUGCGAGGAGGAGGGAUGCUCGAGAUCAGCCACUGCCUACCACGGAGACCGAAUAUGGAGAACCAGCGGCAGUAGUAGAAGCAGCAGCAGGAAAGAACAGACAGGAUAAGGAUAUGAGCGAGAAGAAGAACAAGAAGAGAUCGGGGGACACCUUUGAGGAUGAAGAGGAGGAUGACUCGUUCUCCGAAUCAACAUCAGCAGUACCCGAGAAGAAGAAGAAGAAGAAGAAAAGGAAGACAGGAGACGGAGAUGGUGAUGAUAUCGACGACAUCUUUGCUUCGUUCGAUAAGCCUAGCAAGAAAAAGAAGAAGGCGAGCAAAUCAAAGACUACGACUAUCGCGACGGCCAUCGCAACCACAGCCUCCACAACAACAACAACAACAACAACAACAACAACAACAACAACAACAACAACAACAGCCACCACCAUUACAACCUCUACAGCAACAGCCACAUCCCCGAAAAUAAGCAACACAACGGCAGCUAAAUCAUCAGCACCAGCACCAGCACCGCCAUCCUCCGAAGCAGGAGCUCCCAAAGACGACUUCGAUGGCAUCUUUGCUUCUCUAGAAAAGCCCAAAAAGAAGAAGAAGACGACGAUGACGACGACGAAAGCCAAGAAGGAGGAUGACCUAGAUGAUAUCUUUGCGUCCUUCGACAAGCCCAAAGCGAAGAAGAAGUCCAAGAAAAAAAGACUGGGGAGGACGAGUUUGAUGAUAUGUUUGGGGGGUUGUGAAAGAGAUACCUCAUGGAUGUAUGGAUAUACUGGCUGUGUUAGAUACCAAUAUAGAGAUGCUCGUUCUCGGACGAGCAAAGAACCAUGUUCCUCUGGGUAUCUGAUCGUGAUUCUUAGCACGUGGACACCUUGCGACUUUGGAAUGUUGUUUACUUGGUCCCUGAUAGUUUGCUGGUCGAUUGAUACAAUUACCGAUACUUGA